AGAAAAAAGAAAAAAAAAAACAGGGGCAUCUGCAAGCGGUGACCAAAACUGAAACGCAGCGAACUGGGACACGGUCACACGACCCGGUUUUCUGCUUUCCGCAAUAGAAUUUUGUAAGACGUAGGUUAGCCUCGCCUCUAAACCCUAAACCCAGAGCCGAAAGCAAAGGCCCCUUCCCCCCCUCUCUCUCUCUAUCUUCUUUCGCGUCAGUGAUUAAUUAAUGGGAUCCCUGAAGAGAAAAUCGGAGGAAGACGACUCUGCAGCAGCUCCACCCAAAGUAGCCAAGUCGGAGAACAAGAACACUCUUGAAAUCGUCAACAAUGAACAGAUGCUCUGCGUGCACGACGUGUCGUACCCUGAGGGUUACGUUCCUCCGCCGCCGCCGCCGCCUUCUUCUUCCGAACCCGCCAAGAAAUUCCCCUUCACUCUCGACCCUUUUCAGUCCGAAGCCAUCAAAUGCAUUGAAAAUGGGGAGUCCGUCAUGGUGUCUGCUCACACAUCUGCUGGAAAAACUGUUGUUGCGUCGUACGCGAUUGCGUUGUGUUUGCGUCAUAAGCAACGUGUGAUAUACACCGCACCCAUCAAAGCUCUCAGCAACCAAAAGUACAGAGAGUUCAAAGAGGAGUUUUCGGAUGUUGGGUUGAUGACUGGAGAUGUAACAAUCGACCCCAACGCUUCGUGCUUGGUGAUGACCACGGAAAUCUGGCGGAGCAUGCAGUACAAAGGAUCAGAGGUGACGCGAGAGGUGGCGUGGAUAAUCUUUGAUGAGGUGCAUUACAUGCGGGAUCUCGAGAGAGGUGUGGUGUGGGAAGAGAGCAUUGUUAUGGCUCCAAAGAAUGCUCGCUUUGUCUUCCUCUCAGCAACCGUGCCCAAUGCAAAGGAAUUUGCUGAUUGGCUCGCAAAGGUUCAUCGACAGCCUUGCCACAUUGUCUAUACGGAUUAUAGGCCCACUCCUCUUCAGCAUUAUAUUUUCCCCUCCGGAGGGGAUGGUCUGUACUUGGUAGUUGAUGAAAAGGGAAAGUUUCGUGAGGACAGCUUUCAACAAGCUCUUAAUGCGCUUGCUCCUGCCUCCGACGCUGCUAAGAAGAAGGAAAAUGGCAAGUGGCAGAAGGGUCUGGUCAUCGGCAAGGCCGCUGAAGAAACCGAUAUCUUCAAGAUGGUGAAAAUGAUAAUUCAGCGUCAGUAUGACCCUGUCAUACUUUUCAGCUUUAGCAAAAGGGAAUGUGAAUUACUUGCAAUGCAGAUGGCAAAGUUGGACCUAAAUGGGGACAGUGAGAAAGCAAACAUAGAAACCAUCUUCUGGAGUGCUAUGGAUAUGCUUUCAGACGAUGAUAAGAAGUUACCCCAGGUUACUACUAUGUUACCCCUUUUAAUGCGUGGAAUAGGUGUGCAUCAUUCUGGUUUGAUUCCCAUUCUAAAGGAAGUGAUUGAGAUAUUAUUUCAGGAAGGUCUUAUCAAGUGUUUAUUUGCAACAGAGACCUUCAGCAUAGGACUGAACAUGCCUGCGAAAACUGUUGUAUUUACCAAUGUCCGGAAAUUUGAUGGUAAUAAGUUCAGAUGGAUAACCAGUGGUGAGUAUAUACAAAUGAGUGGUCGUGCUGGUCGCCGGGGUAUUGAUAAACGUGGGAUAUGCAUACUUAUGGUAGAUGAGAAGCUAGAGCCAUCUACUGCCAAAAUGAUGCUUAAAGGAAAUGCUGAUAGUUUGAACAGUGCCUUUCAUUUAAGCUACAACAUGCUUCUGAAUCAAUUGCGCUCUGAAGAUGGUAAUCCAGAAAAUUUACUUCGUAACUCAUUCUAUCAGUUCCAAGCUGAUCGUGCCAUUCCCAAUCUGGAGAAACAAACAAAGGAGCUUGAGCAAGAGAGGGAUUCAAUUAUAAUUGAAGAAGAAGAUAGUGUAAGGAAUUAUUACAAUCUAGUACAGCAAUACAAGAGUUUAAAGCAGGAUCUUCGUGAGAUUGUGAUUUCUCCAAAGUACUGCUUACCAUUUCUGAAACCUGGUAGGCUUGUGUCAAUCCAAUGCACCAAGAGUGAUGAAGCUUCCGCUUCUUUUUCUACCGAGGACCAUGUCACAUGGGGUGUUAUACUUAAUUUUCAACGAGUGAAAACUGUUUCUGAAGAUGAUGCAGUUAAGAGACCUGAAGAUUCAAACUACACUGUGGAUGUUUUGACUAGGUGUCUGGUCGACACAAAUGGAGUUGCAAAAAAAACACUAAAAAUUGUUCCUUUGAAAGAACUGGGAGAACCUGUUGUUGUUUCGAUUUCCAUCUCUCAGAUUAAUAGCAUGAGUCGACUUUGUAUGGUCAUACCAAAUGAUCUUUUGUCAUUACAAGCUCGAGAAAACACACUGAAGAAAGUUCUUGAAACUCUUUCAAGAUUUGGAGAGAAGAUUCCUCUUUUAGAUCCUGAAGAAGACAUGAAGAUUCAAAGUAGUUCGUACAAAAAAGUGGCUCGUAGGAUUGAGGCUUUAGAGAACCUGUUUGACAGGCAUGAAAUUGCAAAAUCACCACUAAUUGAGCAAAAGCUCAAGGUUUUUCACAUGAAGCAGGAAUUGGCAGCGAAGAUCAAGUCAAUUAAGAAAACAAUGCGCUCUUCGACUGCGUUGGCUUUUAAAGAUGAACUUAAGGCACGAAAACGGGUUCUUCGGAGGCUAGGAUAUGUUACUAGCGAUGAUGUUGUGCAGUUGAAGGGUAAGGUUGCUUGUGAAAUCAGUAGUGCAGAUGAGUUGACCCUCACAGAGCUCAUGUUCAAUGGCGUUUUCAAGGACAUAAAGGUAGAAGAGAUGGUAUCUCUUCUCUCAUGUUUUGUUUGGCGGGAAAAACUAAAAGAUGCUACAAAACCAAGGGAAGAGCUUGACCUGCUCUUCUUGCAAUUACAAGAAACUGCUCGGAGGGUGGCUGAAGUUCAGCUUGAGUGCAAGGUUGAAAUUGACAUCGAUAGCUUUGUGAGUUCAUUUCGGCCUGAUAUUAUGGAGGCUGCAUAUGCUUGGGCAAAAGGGUCAAAAUUUUAUGAGAUAAUGUCAGUUACAGGGGUUUUCGAGGGUAGCUUAAUCAGGGCAAUCAGGAGACUAGAGGAAGUUCUUCAGCAACUUAUACACGCAGCCAAUUCUAUUGGAGAAACUGAUCUUGAAUCAAAAUUUGAGGAGGCUGUUUCAAAAAUCAAGAGAGACAUUGUCUUUGCAGCUUCCCUAUACUUGUAAUUUUUGGCUGUAACUUUUUGUUUUUGCCAUGGUUUUAGGCUACUAGAGGAAUAUAUAUAUAUAUAUCAAGGUGAUGGAUCUCUGUACAAGGAUUUUCAAUUGAUCUGCUAGCGGAUGCAUUCUGUUCUCAAAGAGAUUGGCUGGUGGCACUAGCAAUCAAGUCCUGGAUAGUGAAAUAUCAAUUAUUUAUGGUACUUGAAGGGUAUCUGUAUUUUUGUAGUAUUGUUGUAAGAGAGCACGUAA